AUGCCUACCGCACAUGUCACGCCCGAGUCGGGCGAUUUGCUCCAGGACAUUGCCGAUUGUCUGUCAAAGUCGAGAAAAGUAGUGGUCGUCACCGGGGCUGGCAUCAGUACCAAUUCAGGCAUUCCUGACUUCCGGUCAGAAAACGGCCUCUACUCGCUUAUCCAGGCCCAAUUCGAGGCUGCCGCCAAGGAAGACCACGACGAGCUGUCCGAGCCAGACCCCGACGCGUCAAGCGCGUCAAGCUUCUCGGACGAAUGCCGCCCUACUAAACGGAGGAGGAUCCAGAGCGAGGAAAACGAGGAGAACGAGAUUCACGUCGCUACCGACUCGACCACUGAAUGCGCCAAGGCUGCCGCGCCAGGACUCAUCUCGUUGCAGCCAGGCUGCACCCAGCCUGCUCCCGACUCGAGCCGAUCCCAAGGAUCCCAAACCGAAUCGCGCUGUGACAUCUCCGACCAGUCCAUGUCCGACGCGCAAGAUAGCAGCCAAGAGGCAGAGGCCAUAACAGUAUUCUGCGCAGAUUCGACGGUGCCCAACUCGCCUUAUUCGCCUGUCUGCGACGACGCGUCUGGACCUUCCGCAGAUACGACUCUAUCAUCAAUACAUGUCAGCCAGGAGGACCAUGCCCCCGACACGACAUCCACUCCACCGCGUAUACUCGCCCAGAACACCAAGAGCUUGCGUCAUCUACAAGUGCCGUUUUGCUCGUCACCACUCUCGUCACCGCCGCCCAUUCUGUUUGACCCUUAUGAGGAGUCGCCAACAGACACAGCUUCGACCAGCUCUAGCUCGUCUUCCGAGACUGACGAGACGCCCCCCAGCUCGGACCCUUUUGCAUCCCAGUCUUCGAUCGGCAGCCGGUCUAGUUUGCCCAACCUGAAAGGCCGCGAUCUCUUCGAUGUAUCCAUCUGGGCAGAUCCCAUGAAGACAUCCGUUUUCUACACCUUUGCGACCACGCUACGCCAAAAGGUCCGCGCCGUCCGGCCCACCACCAGCCAUCACUUCAUCAGCCACUUGCGGGACAGAGGCAAGCUGGUGCGAUGCUAUACCCAGAAUAUUGACGAGAUCGAAGAGAAAGUCGGGCUCAGCACAAGUCUCGUCCUCGGGCCGGGCCACCGUGGCCGCUUUUCGACCCGAUCGGCCAGCCGCUCCAGCAUCGGCUCGGAUACCAAGGACCCCCAAACAGGAGGUGCAUCUAAGCCUUCGUCGGUGCGAGACACGCGUGACCCGGGCGUCGAAUGUGUCUUUCUGCAUGGCUCCCUGCACGCCCUUCGGUGCUUUCUGUGUGGCGAGGUCUGCAACUGGGAUGAGGCCAAUCGCGAGACGGAAACGCUCUCGGGCCGCCAGCCAAGUUGUCCCCGAUGCGAGGGUGCUACCGCAGCUCGCCAGGAGCGCGGCAAGCGCGCCCUGGGCGUUGGUAAACUACGGCCGGAUAUCGUCCUCUACGGCGAGGAACACCCCAAUGCGCAUCUGAUCUCGCCCAUUGUCCAGCAUGACAUCUCGUUGGCCCCCGAUUUGAUGCUCAUUCUCGGCACCAGUCUGCGGGUACACGGCCUCAAGGUUCUCGUCAAGGAGUUCGCCAAGGCCAUCCACCGAAGAGGCGGCAAGGUUGUAUUUGUCAACUUCACAAAGCCUCCCGAAAGCGUCUGGUCCGAUAUUAUCGAUUACUGGAUCCAGUGGGAUUGUGACGCGUGGGUCCAGGACCUCAAGGAACGGCAGCCUGCGCUCUGGCUGCCCCCGGAGCAAUGCGCCUCUCUUGUGGCCAAGCCCAAAUCUAGGCCCAAGGCCAAGACGAAACCGAGGAGGGCGACAGAGGGUGUUGUCCAGCCUACACAUACGACACCAAUCAAAGAAGUCAUUGUCAAGCGUGAGCUGUCAGACAUCGUCAAACCCGAGGCUCGGCGGCCUGUGGCCAUCCGAGACAACAAGGCAAAUGGCGCGUUCCUCGUCUCCAAGAUCAUGGAAGAUCUGGCCAAAGCGGUUGAGCCUCAGGCGCCCCCUAGGCCUCUAGACUCGACAACGCGAACCACGUCUCGGCGCAAGAAACCACGGCAGUCUGCACCUGCCCUACUGGAGAGCCGGCGGAUAUCAGUGGCCGAGGAAGCCAUCAUCGUCAAGACGACGGAGCAGCCCGGUGAUUCUGUUGCGCAUUCUCCUGGGACGACCCAGUUCUCUGCUCCCUUAGCUUAUACUGUUGCCGCGGAUCAGCAAACCGUAUCCUUGCCUUCUGAACCGCGCAUGUCGUCUCCUGCAGAGACUGGAUCUAUCUUGGACGCAGUCAAGUCCAACCCACGCAAGAGAAAGCGCAAGAUCAUAGAUGGUAUCGAAGUACUACUGCCCAAGCAGGGGCGGAUCCAUGCCAAGGGCAAUCCCAAGACGCAAGUUCCAGAGCCACCCCAAGCCUUGGAGCAGGUGGUCGUCAACAAACCUGACCCGCCGAGCACACCAGCCCUGUCCAGUGGCAGCAGCGACACGACCCAGCCGUGGCAACGGACAGACGCCCUCAUCGCCAACCUCUCUCGCCAAGCGACACCUGUACCCGGGUUCGAUCAGAAUUUGGCAAUCAUGUCGCUUCCGGCACCGCGGCCCCUCCCGAGCCGGCCUGGUGCGCCAAGUAGCAAGGGAAGCAGCCUUUGCAUACCGGCUUUGGCCGUCUCUCAUUCCCGACCUUCAGUUCCGAAACCCAGGCUCGCGCCUCUGGAGCCUCCUACGACGAACACGGGGCCCCUCACUGUCAUCUCUGCCAAUCUACGCUACCACGAGCGCUCGCGCAUGGGCGAUCCUUUCUUCCUGACAGACCCCAUGGUUGCGAGGCUGCAGCGCCCGCCUGCGAGCAAAGGAGACCAUCGACCGCAGGAGUGGAACCCGACGGCACAGCUCAUCAACGAGUCCGAGAGGGCCACCGAGGCGGCCAUGACAUUGUCACUGUUACGCAUGACCACCGCCCAAGUUUGA